AUGGGGCCCCUCGCCGGCCUUAGACAGCUUCUGGCCGCUCGGUCGGCCAGUUGGCAUGGUCUGUGCGCGGAGAGGGAGAGGGAGAAGGCGUUCACGAUUCCACCCCCAGAGGUGGAGAAGGCGUACAAUGACCCCGAAUCCGAAACCGCACAGUUCAGCUUCUUCACAACGCAGCUGGAUUCCGUCCUCUUCGCCCCGAGUCUCAACUCGCUGGCGCUAGUCUACGGCCCGCUGCACUCGCUCCUCGACGGCGGUGAGCACGACGGGCUGUGGUGGCUGGAUGUCGCCGACGCCUCGGACGGCGACAUCGAGCUGCUCGCGCGGCUGUUCGACAUCCACCCGCUGACCACGGAGGAUAUCCGCAUCCGCGAGACCCGCGAGAAGAUCGAGCUCUUCGGCCCGUACUAUUUCGUCUCGCUGCGGCCGCCGCAGCAGGCCGAGGAGACGGCCAGUCCGCGCACCGCGUGUAAUGUGUACGCCAUCGUGUUCCGGCAGGGCGUCCUGAGUUUCACCUUUAGGAGCCGUCGCCACACGGACCAUGUGCGGGGCCGGAUCAAGGACCAUCGCAGCCACCUGGCGUUGACCAGUGACUGGAUCUGUUAUGCUUUGAUCGACGACAUCGUGGAUGGGUUCGCGCCGCUGAUCAACCAGGUCGAAGGCUGCGUGGAGACGAUGGAGGACAGCGUGUCGAUCACGCGGCCGGAUGACAUCGGGCUGGCGCUGCAGCAGAUCUAUAAGACACGGCGGCAGGUGCAGCAGAUCCGGCAGCUGCUCAAUGACAAGACAGACGUGAUCCGGUGCUUCGCGCGGCACUGCGACAUCCUUGGCUCCACAAUCCAGGUCGUCUCGUAUCUCAGCGACAUCCAGGACCACGUGCUGACCAUGGUCUCGAACCUGGCGCACUCGGAGCAGCGCCUGUCGCGCUCCCAGGACAAGUACCUGGGCCAGCUGUCGUUCGACUCUACGCGCAUGCGUAACCAGAUCGUCGCGACCCUGAGCCGCCUGACCGUUAUCGCCUCGUGCAUCGUCCCCAUGCAGGUCAUCACCGGGCUGUUCGGCAUGAACGUCACCGUCCCGGGCAAGAAUAGCAGCGGGCUGGGCUGGUGGUUUGGGAUUUUAGGCGGGAUUCUCGCGUUGAUUGGGUUGUCUCUCGUGAUUGCGCGGCGCACCCGUUUCCUAUAG